AUGGCGGCGGCGGCCCUCCCUCGGGCACGGGCACGGCCCUCGUCCCCUUCGCUCGCAGCUCUCUGCCCCCUCCGCCCUCCCGGGCUCUUCUCUUGCAGUGCGGUGGCGCCCGAGCCGCCCUUAGUCUGCACUCCGAACUGGGUGCGGGGCUUCUGGAACCCGGGGGCUGCAGCCCGGACCGGAGCCCUCCACCCUCCUCCCGGGAAGAGAACCCUGUACAAGAGCAUGGCCCUGGCCCUGGCCCUCCUUGUGGCCGUGACGGUUUUCCAGCGCAGCCUGACCCCCAGCCAGUUUCUGCAGGAGCCCCUGCCAGCCACACUGGAGCCACCGAAGGCUCAGAAGCCAAGUGGACACCUGGUGAACGUCGACAGCUUCUGGAAGAGCCCUAGUAAUGGGGUGGCCCCCAGCCCCAUGGCUUCCCAGGGGCCACAGGUGUGGGAUGUGAUCACUACGAAUUGCUCAGCCAACUCUAACCUCACCCAUCACGCCUGGUUCCAAAGCCUGGAGCCGAACUUCCGGCAGUUUCUGACCUACCGCCACUGCCGCUACUUCCCCAUGCUGCUCAAUCACCCCGAGAAGUGCGAGGGUGACGUCUACCUUCUGGUGGUGGUCAAGUCAGUCAUCACGCAGCAUGACCGCCGCGAGGCCAUCCGCCAGACCUGGGGCCAUGAGUGGGAGUCGGCGGGCAGGGGCCGGGGUGCCGUGCGCACCCUCUUCCUGCUGGGCACGGCGUCCAAACAGGAGGAGCGAGCCCACUACCAGCAGCUGCUGGCCUACGAGGACCGCCUGUACCACGACAUCCUGCAGUGGGACUUUCUUGACAGCUUCUUCAACCUGACCCUCAAGGAGAUCCACUUCCUUAAGUGGCUGGAUAUCUACUGCCCCAGUGUCCCCUUCAUCUUCAAGGGUGAUGACGACGUCUUCGUUAACCCCACCAACCUGCUGGAGUUCCUGGCGGACCGGAAGCCCUGGGAAAACCUGUUCGUGGGCGACGUCCUGCAGCACGCACGGCCCAUCCGCAGGAAAGACAACAAGUACUACAUCCCUGCCGUGCUCUACAGCAAGUCCAGCUACCCACCCUACGCGGGCGGUGGCGGCUUCCUCAUGGCCGGAGGGCUGGCCCGGCGCCUGCGCCAAGCGUGCGACACCCUGGAGCUCUACCCCAUUGACGACGUCUUCCUGGGCAUGUGUCUGGAGGUGCUGGGCGUGCAGCCCACGGGCCACGACGGCUUCAAGACCUUUGGCAUCUCCCGGAACCGUGCCAGCCGCAUGAACAGGGAGCCCUGCUUCUACCGCUCCAUGCUUGUGGUGCACAAGCUGCUGCCCGCCGAGCUGCUGGCCAUGUGGGGGCUGGUGCACGGCAAUCUCACCUGCUCCCGCAAGCUGCAGGUGCUCUGAUGCUGCAGGGCCCCGCCAGUGCGCUGCGGCUGGACAGAGCCUCUGGUCCCCACAGGAGGUGGAGGGUUUGGGCCUUCUGUGCCCCUGGGUGUGGUGGGCUGUGGGGCACUGCAGGGGAGACUCCCCAAGCAGCUAAUUCCCCGGCGGUGAGGCUUGGGAAUAGGGUGCUGCCCAGGCUGGGGGGCACCUGAGAAGAGUGGGGAUCCUCCAGGCCCAGAUCGGUGGUCUGGCAUCUCGGACCCGCUGGGAGGCCCCGGUGGCCUCUGCUGGAAACCUCUGCUCAGGGACCCGGGCUGGACCUGGCCCAGGCGGUCUGGGGCUGCCUCUCAUCUUCAUGGGGACGUCUCCCAUGAAAUGCCUCAGUGUCCCCAGAGCCAGACAGCCCCAGCCAAAGCAGCUCAGCCCUGUGCUGGCUCACAGGUGCCCCUGGUCUGUGCCACUGUCCCUGGCUGUGACCUCUCAAAUCUGGAAGUGUGACCAGCCACUCUCUACCUCACCUGAGCUCCUCCCACCCCACUCCGACACAGGGCAGAAGAGCAGUGCUUCUGGCCUCCCGGUCCCGGUGGCUGCGGGUGGCUCCAGCUCCACCAAGGCCAGUGCCCUGGCCCAAAACUGGCCGGUUUGGUCCUAGAAGUGGACUUUAAUCUUACUGUGAAGUUUUAUUUAUGAAGGUUCAGAGGGAGCAGACUCCGGGCCUGAAGUGGGGUGGUUCUCCCUCUCCCUCACCACCCUUAGCCCCAUUAAGCAUCCCCACCCUGCACAGCCUCUGCAGCCUCUCCCUCCUGCACCCCAACUUCCCCAGGGCGUGAGCAGCCUGGCAUUUGCCCCUGUGAAGGAAGGGACAAGAGCCCGCGGUGGUGGGUGCAGGGGGAUGCCACCCCCCGACCUCAGGGUGGAGUCGCUGGGAAAGGUGGAGGGAGUGGUCUCUGUUUUCUCAAUAAAACGGGACCGGUUUUUUCUGGUGUGAAAUUUCCUGUUG